ACUUGGAAAGAAUAAAUUCAUUACAUUAGGAGUGUAACGGGUCUUUGCGUAACGUAAGCAAUGAAACGUUACUCAAAAUUUAUUUUAGCAAUAGUUGUAGUUUUAGGUGGCGUUUAUUACCGAAACGAACUUGACAUUUACUUAAGUUCUUUUAUUCGAAUAUUGUACAACGAAAAUGUAAAUAAUAACAAUGUGUUUACGUACGACGAACUAGCUCGUUACAACGGUAUUGAAAAUGCGAAAUUGUACUUAGCAGUUUUGGGUACGAUUUACGAUGUCACAAAAGGUGAAAAACAUUAUGCUAAAGGAGCGACUUACCAUUAUUUCGUAGGCAAAGACGGAUCAAGGAGUUUAAUAACAGGAGACUUUAGAGAUGAAACUAAAGAAAAGGACCAUGUUCUUGACCUAAAAUGUAGUGAUUUGUCUGCACUGUUGCACUGGAAACAAACUUUUAAACAAAAAUAUACAGAAAUAGGUUUGUUGAAAGGAAGAUAUUAUGACAGUCAAGGAAGAGAAACUCCUUAUUUAGAGAACUUUAAUAGAAAAAUAGAACAAUGUAAAGAAGAAAAAGAAAUAGCCAAGAAAAAAAACCAGGAAUAUCCACCAUGCAAUAUUGCUUGGAGUGAAGAAGAGGGUACCAAAGUAUGGUGUACUAAAAAUAGUGGUGGGAUAGCACGAUCUUGGAUUGGAGUUCCUCGUCAAAUGUACUCUCCUGGUGAAGAUACUCCAUCUUGUGUGUGUGUCAAUACCGAGAAACACCAUACAGCACUUCUUAAAGAAUACAGUAACUGUGUAAAUACAUCAACUGUUUGUAUGACUAAUAUUUAACUCAUUUAUUUAUUACAAUAGUGUUAUAGAAAAAGUUCAAAUUUUCCUACUAAUGUAAACAUACCAAAUUUCCCAACCAUAGAGCUAAGAAACAAUUUUUAUAGAGCAAUAUUUAUUUAUUGUUAUAUAAUAAUAAUAAUAUAAUGAAUGAAAAUAUCAGGUACAUAAUAACUAAAUUAUACCUGAACUUUGAUAAUUAACAGAAUAAAAAAUUGUGACAAGAACAGUGAGUGUUGUCUAAUAAAGUAUUUAAAGUGUAACAUAAAAGACAUGUCAAAACUAAUCUUGUUACAUGGAUCUGCAGUUUCCAUUAGUGUUAC